AUGCUACAGAUCCGUGAGUUUUCAGUUUUAGUGGAUAAGGCUACUGUGAUCGAGACUGGCAUCCGGGAGGAUGAGGUGGAUCAGGAACCAAAGAAGAGAUAUGACCAUGCACUUGCUUACCUAGAUCCUAACUCAAAGCGUAGGAAACAAGACUCCAGUGGUGCUAAUAUUAUUCCAUUGGUUAAGCCAAAUCCGGAGCCACGAGUUGUUGUUCAGAUUUUUAGUGAGGUUGAUAUACUGGAUGAUGGAUAUCGUUGGCGCAAGUAUGGACAGAAAGUGGUGAAAGGCAAUCCUAAUACCAGAUCUGCUCGGAUUGGAGUUGCUCGGCACGAAGAGUGCCUUAAAGAGCUACUCGACACAAAGAGCAUCUCAAAGAGUUGCUCGACACAAAGAGCACCUCAAAAGAGCUGCACGGCGCGAAGAGCAUCUCAAAAAAGCUACUCAGCACAGAGAAAGCUGGUCAGCAUGAAGAGCAUCUCAAAGAGAGCUGGUCGGCACAAAGAGUGUUUUAAAGAGCUACUUGGCACAAUGAGCUGGUCGGUACGAAGAGUGUCUCAAAGAGAGCUAGUCGGCACGAAGAGCAUCUCAAAGAGAGUUGGUCAACACAGAGCAUCUGAAAGAGCUGCUUGA